UUUUAUACAUUGUACUUUAACGUACAGUCGCCGUUCUUUGCUUUAAUACUAGAGCAGCACUAAUAAUAACGACAGGUGGUGUAACACAUUAUCCAGCGUUUUUUUUUUUUUUCGUUUUGUAGUUUUACUUGCAAAUACCCGGUAUGUGUUCAUUGGUGAUUACCAGUCGAGCACAGAAAAAUCGAUACGACCACAGGUAGCACGGCUGUCAACAAAUAUGGCUUUGAGACGAGCGUUGCAUUUUGUUUUCAAAGUUGGUGACAGGGCUAAAACUGCCACCUUUUACAGAGAUGUUCUAGGUAUGAAGAUUUUAAGACACGAAGAGUUUGAGGAAGGCUGCAAGGCAACUUGUAAUGGCCCUUAUGAUGGGAAAUGGAGCAAGACAAUGGUUGGCUUUGGUCCAGAGGAUGACCAUUUUGUUGCUGAACUGACCUACAACUAUGGUGUGGGAGAAUAUAAACUUGGCAAUGACUUCUUGGGGAUCACUCUGCAGUCGAGCCAAGCUGUAAGCAAUGCUAAAUGUCUCGGGUGGCCUCUCACUGAGGUGGGAGAGGCUCUGUAUCUGACUCAGGCUCCUGGAGGCUAUCCUUUCUAUCUGGUGGACAAAGAGCAACCUCAUAAUGACCCUGUGCAGAAGGUUUGUCUCGGGGUAUCAGACCUCCAAAGAUCGACCCACUACUGGUCCACACUCUUGGGGAUGAAAGUGAUGGACAAAAAUGAGGAAAAGAAGACGGUGCUCAUGGGAUUUGCAGACAGUCAAUGCAAACUGGAGCUUCAGGACAUUGGAGGGAUGGUUGACCAUGGAACAGCUUUUGGGAGAAUAGCGUUUUCAUGCCCGCGGGAGCAACUGCCGGUUAUUGAAGCCUUGAUGAAAAAGGAAAAUCAGAAAAUUCUCACCCCAUUGGUCAGCUUGGACACUCCUGGAAAAGCUACAGUAGAAGUGGUUAUUUUGGCUGACCCUGAUGGCCAUGAGAUUUGUUUUGUGGGAGAUGAGGCCUUUAGGCAGCUUUCCAUGUUGGAUCCCAAAGGGAAUGAAUUCCUUGAUAAGGCUAUGGCUGAAGAUAAAAGUGAUGAAUGGUUUGCCAAACACAACAAACAGAAGACUGCUGCAUGAGAUGGAGCAGCCGACCUGUCAGUUUUCAUCAGUUAAUGAGGAUGAGAUGCCGCGCAACGCACCUGUAGCAUAGAUCUGCCUUAGGCUGGCAGCGUAAGAUUAAUUUUGUGUUAUGUAAAAACAUUUGUGCCCUGAGAUGAUGUAAUGGACCACUUGUUAUGGAUUUUUUUUCCCAAUAAAUAUUCUUCCUAAAAGCAAGGCUGAGUGAUGGGCAAAAAACAUUAAGUUAGUUUUAUCUAUAAAAGACAUUUCAAUGUGAUCUUAAUUUUAGGCGAAAAGGGGACACUGAGAGAAGUUGGGGCCAACUUAAUCUCAUAAUAAAGUAUCACCAGGACUUCAUAGCUUAAAUUUGGUCUUGCACCUCUACUGAGUCUCCACCAACCUUAUGUGCAAAUUCCUCUUACAGCUGUAGUAAAACAACAUGUUUGCACAGUUCCUAACUGAUUUUGUGGUAAUUAUAAAACACAGAUUACUCAAUGGGCCCACCAUGUACAGGCUCUAUGGGCUUUUGGUCUUAUCCUAGAAAUAUGACAUAUCCAAUAACGAGCCACAAAACAACAGAAAUGAGGCGCAAAAAGAUAUGUACAAGGACUGCAAAGACAUAAGAUGGAUACACUCAGAUGCAAAAAUGACCAAAUGACAUCUGCAUGGUCUGUGGUUCUCUUUUUCAGUUCUGUUGUUUGUGCACAUGAACCUGUUGUUUUAUAUUCUAUCCAUGUCUACCUGUAUUUAGAAAAUAUGUGCCAUAUACCAUAAUAGAAAAUAAAGGUUUUAUAUGUAUAAUUAA